UUAGUGCCAGGGUUGUGCGCGGAGCGGGGUUGGAUUAGUGGCGGGGUUGUGUGUGGUGGCUUCGGACAGUGAGGAUACCGGUAACUUCCCACGACAGGUGCAUGUUCGCUUGUUACUCAAUCCGUGGAGGAAAGGGUUUCAUUCCCCCAUUGUUCCCGUUAUCACUGCAGCAAGUGGUGUGGCUGUGGGCUGGCGAUAUUUACCUACCCUCGCCGAACCACCAUCCUGCACUCUCUGCCUCCUGUUGUUGCUAAUCCGUCUGCGGAGGCUGCUUUACAAUUGUUAAAACUGUCACUCCUUGAUGCCUUUUGUUGCAGUGUCUGGCUCCAUCAGUAGUUGGAAGUUAGACCAUGAAACGUUUCUUCAUGAAGAAGGAAAGUGGAGCUGAAGGAUGAAGAGCUGAAAGUUGUAGGCAGAGGAAGCCAAGAAGUUGAGCAAGUUCUUCAUGCCCUUCUUUGAAAAGCCCAGAACAAGUAGUUUGACAUGUUCCAUGGAGUCGCCUGCACCUGCUACAAGUUUGUUAGAAUCCGAAGGUGGAUUAAGUACAAAUGCGUCACAAGCCGAGGAGGAAGUCAAGUCAGAUAAAUCCGAGUAUGACGAGGUUAAGAGUGAGGCUGCCACAGAGAACGUGGACAUGACAGGAGGGGAAGACGAUGUUGGUGGCGGUGGUGACGUUGAGUUUAUUGACGAGAUUUUGCUCAACGAGAUUGAGCCUGACGACACUGAACCUAGUGAACUGGAUGGUGUCAAAGAGCCUCGAACUGUCAUACCAGAAGUGAUUGAACAGCAUGACACUGGACUUCUGAAGUUCAACAAGGAUACUGGAAAAGCAAUUCUGCCUGAUGUGUUGAGAACAGAAAUAAUAAAGCUGGGUUCGAAGUAUUUCCGGAACAGUGAGGGGCCUUUCCUACCAACAAAUAACUGCUCAAUGAACAAAACUUGGUUCAAGAGGAAAUUGGGAAAUGGUGUGUGAGGAAGUGACUCGCUCAUGGCUGGUCUAUUCCCCUUCUAAAAAGUCUGCAUUUUGUAUCUGUUGUCUUCUCUAUUCCCGGUCAGACCAUCAAUCCUCAUUGGAGCAGGAAAGUGGAUUCAACCAGUGGAAAGCACCUGAAAGGAUUAGUGUUUAUGAAAAUGCCAAGAAUCAUUGGGAAUGCUUCACACAGUGGAAAGAAGUGGAAAGAAAUUUAGCUGGAAACAGAGGAGUUAUUGACGCUGCAUUUCAGUCACAGAUUGAGAAGGAAAAGCAGAAGUGGAGUGAUAUCUUGACAAGAAUCCUUCACUGCAUAAAAUUCCUUGCGACUCAGAACCUGGCUUUGCGAGGACACAGAGAGUCACUUCAGCUAGACGAUGACUCCAAUGUGGGAAAUUUCCUUUGCUUACUGAAACUCUUUGACCCUGUCAUAAAAGAACACCUCAUUCAUUUGGAAAGUCAUCCUGGAUCCAUGUCUUAUCUUUCACCGGGUGUCCAAAACGAAUUCAUCCACAUGAUGGCAUCCACUGUUGGCUAGAGUUUACUGGAAGCAUUCGUAAAGCCAAGUACUUAUGGUCCCAUGUUCAACUCGACUCCUGAUCAGGCACACUGCAAGCAGCUGUCAGAAGUAGUGAGAUAUGUGGAAGUUGAUUUUCAGAGGAAAACAGUCCAUGUGAGAGAGUCCUUGCUUGGUUUUAUCCAGAUAAGCCAGAAGGACGCUGAGAGCUUGGUUGAAGACAUCUUGAAACAGCUAGAGAAGGAUGAAAUGGAGCUACAAGAUUGGCGGUCACAGUGCUAUGACAACGCUGCUGUGAUGGCCGGACCCAGAGGUGGUGAUCAUCAAAGAAUAAGUGAGAACAACAACUUGGCAGUGUUUGUGAAUUGCAACAAUCACUCACUCAACUUGGUGGGUGUACAUGCAGCCAAGCAGGAUACAAUAUUGGUCACUUUUUUGGAACCAUCGAAGUUCUCUGUGUGUUUUUCUCUCAUUCAACACAGUGCUGGGAAAAACUCAAAAAUGCUAUGCCUGUGGUUGUUAAGUCGAAGUCCAAAACCAGGUGGAGUGCAAGGACAGAAGCAGUGAAGCCCGUCAACAAGUACCUUGAGGAGAUACUUCAAGUUCUCCAGGACAUGAUAGACAUUGAAAACAAGGCCAGUGAAACAAGUAGUGAUGCAAGGCAGCUGUACAACUGCAUGUUGAGUUACGAUUUUCUGAUUUUGCUAGGAUUUUGGAACAAAGUACUCAUUCGUAUUGACCAUAUUCAAAAGAGGCUGCAGUGUCCUAGCAUGAACUUCCACGAUGCUCUCCUGGAUUUGAAAGCCCUCUGAGAUCAUUUUUAUGAUGAAAGAGAAGUGUUGGUUAGUGAGUCACUCAAGGAAGGCGUUGAUCUCUGUCAAGAAUGGAAUAUUGAAGUUGAAAGACGUCAGAGACAAAAGAAACGAAUGGCUGAUGAGAACUCGAGAGAUGCUGGGUUAACAGCUAAGGAGGAAAUGGAAAGAGUCAUGAAGGGAACACUCGACCGUCUUCACAGAGAAAUGGACGAAAGGUUUGCUCGUUUGCACAACACUGACGCCAAGUUUGGGUUCCUUCUCGGAUGUCGAGGGACUGCGUUACGGCGCUGACAGUAAUGACCUAAAGAAGAAGUGCGAAAGUUUGGGCGAAUUGUACAGCUCUGAUGUUGAUGGACAGCAGCUAUAUGAAGAAAUUUUGGAUUGCAGAAUGUUGCUAUCAAGGCGGGUCAACAUGAAAAUAUCAAGACCUGAAGAGCUUCUUGAAUUUAUUGUUCAGUAUGGAGAUGAGAGCGUCUUCCCCAAUCUUCGCAUUGCUAUUCAGAUAAUGCUAACCAUUGCAGUUCUCAUCGCCAGCUGUGAGAGAGCAUUCAGCAAGUUAAAACUCAUACUUUCUUAUUUGAGAGCCUCCAUGGGUCAAGGCAGACUCUGUGAUCUUGCUCUGCUGAGUGUAGAAAGAGAAGAAACUUAAAAAACUGACUUUGAUCACAUCAUAGACCAAACUGCAUCAGUGAGAGCAAGGACGGUGCAGUUAUAAUUUUCAUGUAGUGCCAUAAUUUGUUAAUUAAAAGGUUAACGAGCUUGACUUGUAUUUUUGAGCUGAUAUUAUGGUAAAGUUAUCUAAAAGAUGGGUGUCAGAUGUUUGGACAGGGGCGCAAUUUCAGUGCUUGACUUAGGCGCUAUUUUCGGUUGAUACGCCCCUGCCGGUAACUUCCCACGACAGGUGCAUGUUUGCUUGUUACUCAGUUCGUGGAGGAAAGGGUUUCAUUCCCCCAUCGUCCCCGUAGACACUGCAGCGAGUGAUGUGGCUGUGGGCUGGCGAUAUUUACCUACCCUCGCAGAACCGCCAUCCUGUACUCUCUGCCUCCUGUUGUUGCUAAUCUGUCCGUGGAGGCUGCCUUACAAUUGUUUAAGUUGUUGCUCCUUGAUGCCGCAUACACGAGGAAAUCUGCAGAUGCUGGAAAUUCAAGCAACACACCCAAAAUGCUGGUGAACACAGCAGGCCUGACAGCAUCUCUAGGAAGAGGUACAGUCGACGUUUCGGGCCGAGACUCUUCGUCAGGACUAACUGAAAGAAGAAGAAUGCCGGCCAUUAAGCUGCAGAGUUCGGAUGGAGAGAUAUUUGAGGUUGAUGUAGAAAUAGCAAAACAAUCCAUCACUAUAAAGACUAUGUUGGAAGAUCUGGGAAUGGAUGAUGAAGGUGAUGAUGAGCCAGUUCCUCUACCAAAUGUGAAUGCUGCAAUUCUGAAAAAGGUGAUCCAGUGGUGUACACAUCACCGGGAUGAUCCUUCACCACUAGAAGAGGAUGAAAACAAAGAGAAGAGAACUGAUGACAUACCUGUGUGGGAUCAGGAGUUUCUGAAAGUUGACCAGGGUACUCUCUUUGAAUUAAUUCUGGCAGCAAACUACCUUGAUAUCAAGGGACUGCUAGACGUAACUUGCAAAACUGUAGCCAACAUGAUAAAAGGAAAACCACCUGAAGAAAUUCGCAAAACUUUCAAUAUCAAGAAUGAUUUUACCGAGGAAGAGGAAGCACAGGUACGGAAGGAGAAUCAGUGGUGUGAAGAGAAGUGACCCACAGUAGGAAUGUACAACUCAGCGAAAAAGCUUUCCUUGCACCAUGUAUUAUAUCAUUAGCAGCCUGUGAUUCCUUUAAAUAGUAAUAAAUUGAGCUUGCAGUGUGCUCCAUGCAACCUGUUAGCGAGUAGCACAGUGACUAUUUAUUACUCCACUCCGACCUCGUUGAUCAGUGGAAUGUAAGUUGUAUAAAACUGGCAGCAUGACAGCAAUUACUAUGUUAAUUUGUAUUUAAAGUUUACUCUUUCAAUGACUUUUUUCAUGGCUACCUUUUACAAAAAAUCCCCAAAUGAUAUUUGAAUCAAUUUAUUGCUGGUUAUGGAUUUUUGCCCGUGUUUAUCACAGCGCAUGAAGUGCAUCCUCAGGAUUGUUGUCACACCAGUGAUCUCUUGAUGUAUUCUAUUUGUAUCAAAGAUGAUUUACGUUCCAUUCUUUUCCAGACUUUCUACAUAACCCACAGUUGGCAGAGAAAUGGAGAGGUGUGGUAGAACUGGUUUAAAAAAUCAGUGUUGAAAGAAUUAAUGGGAUGUAGAAUUCUUAAUGUGAUCUGUGAGCAUUUUUGGCCAACAAAACUCCACAAAUUGUACUGCUUCACUCUUUGAAUUUCUGAAUAUUAGUGUCGAACUGGCUUGUUCUUAUUGUGCUAUGGAGUACAGUUGCUUUGUUUCUUUUGUUUUCAAAAAGAAACUUCAUGAAAUAACUUGUAGUUUAUGUUUCAAAGGAGAGGAGCACUUAAAAUGGCUUGUUGCCCAUAUGUCUCUGGUAUUGCUCUUUUCUCCCAGGAAAAUGCUUUUGUGAUUAUGGGAGUAACAGCACCAGUGAUAACAGCUAUGAAUGUCCAGAAUAUUUUUUCAGGGGGAGGUGUCACAGCAAACAAAGAAAAUGGUCAUACUAGAUUUAUUGAUAUAAUCAAUCCAGGUUCAUCUGUUGAUAGAGUAAUUUAAUCUUGAAUGUUUACAUUAUUUAUGUACAGCACGUGCAGAAGUAUUGAGCACAUGUAUAUAGAUAGGGUGCCUAAGACUUGCACAGUACUGUAUUUGUCAACAUGGAGCAGAGAUCAAAUUUAUAAAUCUGGUGGGACCAAAGGAUGUUGGGAAUAGCAAAUGUGGAGUGCUGCGGAAGGGAGGGUGGCAGAGGAGUGCCAGGGGUGAAGGGUGGUGUGAAUGCAGACCUAUCCAGCCCUGAGAUACAGACUAAGUCAUUUGAUUCCAAACAAUUGGUUUAUUUAUCAUUGCAGAAUGUCUCUCUGGUGCUUCCUGCUCCCUCCACUCACCCUUCCUCUUUCCCCGGCCAUGAUUCCCCUCUCCCUGCCCUCUUCCCACUCUCAGUCCACAAUAGAGACCCACAUCAGAAUAGGGUUUAUCAUCACUCACAUUUGUCAUGGAAUUUGUUUUUUUUUGUGGCAUCAGUAUAGUGCAAUUCGUAAAAUUCUACAAUACUGUGCAAAAGUCUUAGGCACCCUAGCUAUAUAUGCCUAAAAUUUUUGCACAGUUCUGUAUAGCUGACGAAUUCCAAACUAGCAUUGUCAAUUCUUUUAUUGCAAAAAAUGGAAGAAUUGCAAUUCUGAAUGCAAUUCAGAAUCAGCAUGUGACCAAUGAAGAAUAAAUGUCAUAUCAACUAAACUUGAAGCCUUCAGAAACAUAAGAUUUUAAAAAAGGUGAUGGUGUGGAGUUGGGGUUCCUUUGAGGUGAUGUGUCUGAUACACAGAUUUUACAUUGCAAACUUAAAAUAAUUAAAGUGCUAGAUUGGAAGCCUCCUUCAAAUACAAUCACUUUUUUUUGGUCAUUAUUCAAGGGUGUUCUUUCACUUUUCAGAUUUGAUAAUCAUCAAUUUAGCUUUACUUCUGGUAGCUGUAGGCCCAAAUGCAAUGUGGGUCUUUUUUAAAUAUCUCUAGCUUGAAGUAGAGUUUGGUUUGUGCUAUCAACUUGAAUUGAUAAAUUAGUGGCUAAUUUUCUGGCUGUCUUGUGUUGAAGCAAUGCUAUUGCUGGUGGCCACCAUUGUGUAGAUAUUGACCGAAUUUAUCGACCGUAUGAAUCCUUAAGAUUCUUGCACCUUUUCAUUAAAGUUAAUU